UGUUAUUUUACACGCAUAAACUAUAUGUUCUAUUGUGUUUUUGUUUACAAUACAUACAUCAUAAUGCCACACAUUAAUACUUUGUGUAUUCAUUCAUACUAAAACUAUGUAAAUAUAAAUUUGCAUAUCAGAACCACGGGAUGAAAAUACCGUUUCUAUUUCCUGCAAAAUAUCAAAAUUCACUCAGAAAAACGUAAACUAUGUACAUGUAACGCUUGGUUUCGUUACUUCACUGUCACAUACAUUGUACAUACACCUCAUAAGUAAUUGUCAAACAUUUCUGGAGAAAAACGGAAAUUACUAUAUGUGACGAGACUUGAUUUAACAAUCGUUGGUUUGAAUUUAAAACUGGGUUGACUAUGUAUAGGAUUUUCACUCAUGUGAAGGGGUCAAAAUUGACGUUAGAGGUUUAUUUUAUUUGCAAGUAUUUAUUGCUACUAAAAUAGACUAAAGAAUAGAAAGAAUAGCAGUUGUAUUUGUUAUGUAAAUAUAAUUUGAGAGUGUGUGUGCGAUGCCUGUUCAACAACCGGAAGUGCUUUCAAAGGGACUGGUUAUAAGCAAACGUAAGAAAGGGUUCUUUGAGAAAUGUUAAGAAACAUUGUCUGCAUUUAAAGCCGAAUAAAUAAAUGUAAAAUAAUUACAUUGAAGCAUAAAUAAGUCCAUGGGAAAGAAAGUGAAAGUCAGACGGCCAUGAUUUGGCUAGUCAUUUCUUUGGCAGCGCCUUUGGACAGCACUACUGGUAUACAAGGAAAGCAAACUAUGGCUACACAGGGAACCACACCAUAUGAGACACGUGUAGCAGAAAGCUCAAAGGGAAAUCAAGCAACGUCAUUUUUCAAGACAGCAUUAGAGUAUGAGGAUUAUAAAAAUGAAUCAUUGGGGAGUUCAUCUGAUCCUAACAAACCGACCAAACGGCAACCAGAUUCCAAAAAAGCGACCAAAAAGCAGUCAGAUUCUUCAACUGAUUCCAAAAAACAAACCAUAAUGCAGCCAGAUUCUUCAGAACCGAAUGCACAAACGAUUCUGACUAGAAUGACUGCACAUCUUCACGUACAAUCGCCAAUUUUAGCAAGUGUUGUUAACACCGGCGAAAAGAAAGCGUCUUCAACGCAUGGAACACCACCAUCAAAUAAGAUGUUGUCCCUCCUGCGUCGAGAAAAGUCAACAACAUCACAAGAAGGAGACACCGGGGCAGGAAACAUGAUGCAGCUGAUAAAGCUCAGAAAUAUCGCCCGAAAUGUGAAGAAUAUACAACACGACAGACAGAAACGACUGGAAAACACAGGAAACGAGACGAUUUACAUCAAAUUCAGAAAAUUCGAUCACAAAGAAGCCGAGGAAAGCAUGAAAGACGCCCUUAAAAGCGGAUUACAACACGUGGUCUACGAGCCUAAACGAUGUAAAAGUCUGUCAUUGCAGCUCAGUGACAGAAUCAGGAACAGUAUGAAGCGACUUCAGUUUCCCAGGUACAAAUUUGUAUCCUUUGUAACCAUUGGUCAAAAAGGAACACAAGACGUGGUCAUUGCCAGCAGAUGUGUGUGGAAUACCGAUGAUGACAACUAUGCUAGUGUAAGGUUUGAAAACAAGACACUCUUUGCUACAGCUGUUGUGUUUGCUUUACUUCAAGAAUAACAAAUCAGGAGAAUUAUUUUAACAAUGCAUCAGAACAUAUUUACAGACGUUGCAACCAAUUGAGAGUUUAAGCUAAUAUUAAAAUAUAUUUUUCACUGUCACAAAAUUAAGAUAACUUUUAUUGUGCAUCUAGAGGUUGUGACGAUGUCUGUAAGUGAAGUUUAUUAGAAGGAAAUCACGUGAUCGCGUCGGUGUUCGGUUGAGUAGUGUUAUCGCAACACAAUGUAGCAGACAACUCGGGAAAGGCAUGACUAUCCGUGACUACACUGUAUACUUUAAUAUCCACAAAUAUGUAGUUUAACAGUUUCAAUAAAUAUUUGAUAUUUUCAUAGCAUUUCUAGCAUUAAUUGAAAUAAAGGCCAUCUCACUCGACACUCUACAUCCGGGUUUCAGUCGACCUUUGAUCCAUCAGCGAAAGAUGAGAAAAAAAAUUGUUCGAAAAACACACAUUGGAAUCACCGUAUGGUGAAUUUCCUUUAUAUAUGUAUACAUAUAUAACAAUUAUGUAUAGCUUAACAAUCACUGUAAGUUGAGUAAAUCUCCUAGUCACACUUUUAAGCUAACUUGUGACGAAAUCUUUCAAACCCCCGUUUACGUGCAAAUGUAUAGAAAUAAGUAUGUGGUGGGAGGAAUACCACAUGGUUACUGUAAAACUGGAGGUGAAAUUAAGAAUAGAUUAGAAAGUUCUAUACAUUUACUGCUCCAUUUUCAUAUUCACACCUAAAUCGGUGUCGUUUUGAAAUUUUGUUUGGUGAUUUAAAACAAGUUUUUUUUCGACGGAUCAAUUCGUUAUUCGGUUUGGUUUUUAAUUAAAAGUGGUGAUACGCCUUUUCAAACAAUUAAAAUAAUGAUCAAGUAUUAACGUUCGCACCUGCUUACAUUUCCAAAAUAUAUGGUACGUCAAAAUUGAUUUUUUUUUUCGCUGAAUCAAUCUCGCUUACUUCGACUCUACUCGUUUUCGACAAAUAUGAAACCCCUGAUCUUUGGAUUAAGGCUUUGCUGUGGCCAAAACUGAUGGUGCACGCGGUGAACAGGAGGUUUUUCAAUAGACCAUGAUAAUUAGAGAUUUUUUAAUUCCAAAAAUAGGUUUUCACUCUAGAAAUGUUAGAAAGGUAUUUCUACAUGGCCCUCCAAUUCCAAGGAAAGCGUUACUCAUGAAAAUGUAAAAUAGCAACUGAAAGCCCUGAACAUGACCGGGACUCAAUAUCAGCAACAGGCAGUACCUCGUUCCCAAAAUUAUUUAUCAGUUAUGUAUGCUGUUAUAGCACUUUAAACCCAAUUAAGAACAGUAUUCCCGUGAGUUAAAAACCUCUCGUUGCAGCGUCAUUUCUGUGUUUUCUGCUCGUUAUGACUACAUUCUUGUAAGUACUGUGUUGUGUGAAAAUCCUUCGGACAACAUAACCAAGGUCCAAAACAAAGCCCCUAACAGAUGAUAUAGUCACCCAAAGUUUUAACCUCCUGAAAAGUCAUACAUCAAAUUAACAUCGGAAUUCAAAUAGUACAUAUGUCAUUGAAGUGAUACAUACUGACGUUGGCAUUAUAACAUGUUGAUACAUUUUACAGUCAAUUUGAAUACUUCAAAAUAUCAUUCUAAUUCAUUUGAGAUGUAACAAGGCAUUUGAUUAGUCAAUCAAAACCGUCCGCAAUUUUUUUUAUUUGCAUAUGAAGCCCGGAUCGGGAUUGUUAAUAACGUCGAUGACCCCGACUGAUCCUGACACGUCAUGAAAUUGGUUAUUCAUUACGUCACGAACAAUAGCGUGACCCCAAAUUCCGCCUUACUUUAAAAAUAUAUGACGUCACCAAUCCAACGCAGAAAACAAUCAAAAUAUGCUAAAAUCGUCGAUGCUUUCGUUGGUUGUGGUUGAUUUAAAUAUGAACGGGGAAAACCCUACUUUAUUUGAAAAUUUGCGUCGAUAUAUCGUGAUUAUACUGUCGCAAAUAUCCGUUUGUCUGGCUCCGCUCCUAGUCGCCAGUAAAAGUCAAUUUGCGACAGUAAAAUCGCGAUAUACCGCCGAAAAAUUCAAAAUAAACUGUAUACCUAGGUCACGAGGAUGUUAAGAUCUCGUCAAAAGGAAUACAGGCUUCUAACCAAGAUGGUUUUGGCUUUUGGUAGACACAAGCAUCAUAGUAAAUUGCUCCGAUAACAUAUCUAACUGUUAUAUGUAUAUCAUGUCAGACCAAAAGCUGUGUGACUGAACUUUACAUAAAGUGGUUUUUUAUGACAUUUAGCGGUUGUAUAAGAACAAAACAUGUUAUAUACAACAUAAAACUUUUCAGUUUUAAUGUUUAUAACACGUAUAUAUCUUUCAUAACCCAACAAAAUGUUACAAAGAUUCAUGUAAAGUUCAUUUAUCAGUCUUAAAUCACGUGGCCUUCGUUUUUCUCGUUCACAAUCUCAAAUAUAUAUGUUUAAAUACGAAUUUUACUACGUUUUUUGUUGUCUCGCGUAGCGACAUCUCUUUUGAUUUGUGACCGGUAUGGCUCAUGGCCUACAUGCAUGUGUAUGAACUUUAUAUCUUAUGUCAUUUCGUAGCACUAAGUUGGGUUGCAAAUAGAUUGACAUGUUAAGAUGCCGGUACACUUUUUUUAAUAUACCAUAAGCAUUAAUGCAUCGUUAUUGACAAAGCUGUCGUCGUUAUAUGCAAUUUUAAUAAAUAAUGUAAGAGUGGAAUACAUAAUUAAAAAUCACGUAUCCGAAUUCUAUUUUUUAAUUGGAGUCUUUAAGUAUAACUUAUCAUGGGGUUGACAUUAUGGUCUUAAACUUUCAUUUAGAGAGCUUGUUGAAAUUUCAGCGACAACAAAUCCAUCAGUUAGAAAUGACGAGAAGAUCUUACCUCUAAGUCAGUAUUAUGUAUCAAAGAAAACCAAAAAUAAGAAUGGCAAGGUAUUAUCCUCAGCAAUCAAUGUGAAUUUUCUCUCCAUUUCAAUAAGUGUAUCAACUUCAAUAUUGUGGCAUGUCAGUCAUACACAAAUUGAAAACAAGAUAUAUCCUUUAAAACACUGUUGUUUUAAUAUUGGUUGUAAUAAAUACUAAAAA